AUGGCUUCGGGACUUUUCAAUCUAACAAGAACGAACCUAGCAGGAAAUCAUAUCUACUUAGGAAAAUGGCAUGACUACAACCAGUGGAAAUAUAUCGCGCCAUCGAAUUUGCUCGCCAUUAUAAAACCAGUGGAAAAAACCAAAGUGAUCAGUCCACUUGCCACUAAAGGUCAGGAUGAUGUGUUUACAUACCUAAAUGGUUCCUAUCACGGAAAAAUAAUAACAAUGAAUGAUUUAAACUCGGGUAAUUCAAAAACGAGUAAGAUCAGAGGAAGUGCCUUUCACGGCCCUGAACGAACGGAUGUCUUCCGAUUAAUUUUGUUUAACAGGUUAAAACAAAAACACCCACAGAGAAUCGUUCCAGACGCGGAACACCUCAAAGAUGCAAACAAAGUAGAGGUAUCAAUUGUCUGGUUUCUAUGGUCCUUCGUUUUAUUUUACUGCACCAUGUGCAUGUACGGAAGUAAUUACAUAAUAAAACACAAGUCCACUUCGUUCCCUUGGAUGCCCAAAAGGACAGAUGGAUCCAAGGGAGAGGGACCCAUGUUCUGGUACCUCGAGUAG